UGCGCGUAAACGAUCGGCACUCACAUUUUCCCCCUAUUCUCUUCUCACAAAGCCUACACACCCCCAUCUUACUUUGAGACUUGGUCAACAAUGGCUGAUCUGAUCUGGAAGGUGUUAGCUUCCCCACUUCUCCUGCUAGUACCCAGUAUCCUGUUGUUCUGGGCGUUCAGGCGACGCCGGGCACACGGACUGUUCCGCAGGAAUGGCAUACCAGGACCCGAGCCAGAGCUGUUCUGGGGAAACUGGAAGCAGCUCAAGAAGAACCGUAUUCAGGUGUUGCAACAGUGGAUCGAGGAGUACGGUCAGGUGUUCGGGUUCUUCAUGGCCGAGAAACCCUGGAUGGUCGUCACGGACCUCGAUCUCGUACGUCAAAUUUUUGUGACGGAGGCAAACACCUUUACGGACAGGCCACAAUACGUCAUCGACGUUGAGCCAUUCACCAGUGCGUUGCCGUUUCUCCCAGGUGACGAGUGGAAGAAGGUGCGCCCGGUGUUGAACACCAGCCUCACCGCCGGCAAGAUGAACCUGCUUUCUGGGAUCGUGAGCGAGUGCGCGAGGGAGUUUCUGGAAGUCCUCAGAAAGCACCACGAACGUAAAGACGUGGUCAAUUUCGUCGAAGCCGCCGAGGGCUACGCUCUGGAUGUCAUCACCAGAGUUGGGCUGACAUGGAACACAAAGUGUCAACAGAAAUCGGACGACCCGUUGCUCCUCGGACUCAGGUGGAUAUUUGAAGACCUGGACAAAACGGCAGUGGAGAACACUCUCGCUCAACCAGGAAUAAGGACGAUCCUCAGACAUCUCUAUCCGCUGACCAGUUUUUCCAAAGUCCUCAGUCGCAUCGCCAAAAACGUGCGCGACACCGCUCACAAGCGGCGACAGGGACAAGCCCCGCGAGAAAAGGACAUCCUUCAGGCGAUGCUUGACGCACAGGACGGCGUUGAAGACAAGGAAUGUGACAGUUGUCUUCCCUUGGAGCAUGGAGCAUGGAGAAAAAAUGGCAUCCACAAGAACGGUCUACUUAUUGAAGACCGUCACCUCACCUCCAACUCCAUCAUGGUUCUUAUCGCCAACUUCGAAACAACGUCCGCGACAAUCGGGUUCACACUACACCUUCUAGCAACGCAUCCGGAGGAACAAGAUAAGCUGUUCCUCGAGAUAGAUGCCAUGUUGCCGCAGACCAGCGAGACGUCCUUGAACAACCUCCAGAACAUGACACGUCUUGACAUGGUGGUCAAGGAAAGCUUACGCCUGUAUCCACCCAUCCCAAUUCUGGUCACAAGGGUGUGCCCCCGGGACACGACCGUGAUGAAACAGUUCAUUCCAGCUGGGACCAUGGUUGUCGCUCCGGCUUGGCACAUUCACCGAAGCCCCCAGUUCUGGAACGAUCCUUCGAGGUUCCUCCCAGACAGGUUCGCCCAAGACCAGCCUGAACGUCAUCCCUUCGCAUAUUUUCCGUUCGGUCUGGGUCCCAGGUCUUGUUUCGGGAAGAGAUUAGCUGUGCUGCAGGUCAAGACUGCGAUUGUUGAGAUUCUACGGAAUUACAGGGUGCUACCAUGUGGAGAGACAGUCGAUCCUAUUAGAGUGACGGUACCCAAUGUGUUGCUUCGACCAGUAGGCGGCAUAAAGCUGAGGCUUGCGAGCAGAAGAUAA